AUGGCUUAUCAGCAGCAGAACCACGAUCCUUACUAUCCGCAGCAACAGCAGCAAAAUUCUUACGGGAAUUACAAUACCUCCACUCCUCAUUUGAACCAGAGCAACGAAGGCUACUAUAACGAAUACGACCAUAACUCCAACUGGGACGCUCGGUCCAACAAAUCUUAUGCGAGCACACAUUAUGGCUCACAAGUUCACCUAAAUCCCCACGAAAUGAGCCAAGCAGUUCCCGACGUUCCUUCCAUACCUUAUGGUGCUCAGAACGGCUAUAGCAACUACCCUCCAGCACGACCUGGACCUCAUUACGCUCAAAGUACCGGCGCAUACUCUGUUGCAAGGGAUAAGGUGCUCAAAGGCCGUGCUGUGAAACAAGUCGAGCUUUUCCAAGGAAAUUUAGUGCUCGAUGUGCCCGUGUCUUCCCACAUCAUUCCUGCUGGACGUCAGAAUGUUGAGGAAAUGUCCAAGAUGCGCUAUACAGCCGCAACUUGUGAUCCCGACGACUUCCUCAAGUCGCGCUACUCGCUUAGGCCCUACCUCCUGGGAAGACAGACCGAACUCUUCAUCGUUAUGACUAUGUACAACGAAGACGAGGUGUUGUUCACAAAGACCAUGAAUGCAGUUCUGAAAAAUAUCUCACAUCUUUGUGGCCGGUCAAAGUCCAAAACUUGGGGAUCCGAGGGCUGGAAGAAGGUGGUGGUGUGCGUCGUUUCCGAUGGACGCAACAAAGUCAACAAGAGGACGCUACAAGUCCUUAGCUUGAUGGGCUGCUACCAAGAUGGUAUUGCGAAGGACUCAGUUGCUGGCAAAGAUGUCACCGCUCAUAUCUUCGAGUACACAACCAGUGUGAUGGUUACCGAACUCGGCGAAGUAUCGCAAACGGGAUGCCCUGUACAGGUCAUAUUCUGCUUGAAGGAACAAAACAAGAAAAAACUGAACAGUCAUCGUUGGUUCUUCAACGCUUUUGGCCCUCUUAUCAAGCCUAACGUCUGUAUACUCCUGGACGUCGGAACCAAACCUACUGGCACUUCUAUUUACGAACUCUGGAAAUGCUUCGACAAGCACUCAAAUGUUGGUGGUGCCUGUGGAGAAAUCUGCGUCGAUACCGGCCGGGGUUGUUCACUCCUCCUCACCAGUCCGUUGGCCGCAUCCCAGAACUUCGAAUACAAGAUGUCCAAUAUCCUUGACAAACCUCUUGAAUCUGUGUUUGGCUACAUAUCCGUGCUCCCAGGUGCUUUCUCUGCUUAUCGUUACGCCGCUUUGCAAAACGGGCCGGACGGGAAAGGGCCAUUAGCAUCGUACUUCAAAGGAGAGACGAUGCACGGUGGAGGUCCAAACGGAGCAGGUUUGUUCGAGAGAAACAUGUAUCUCGCAGAAGACCGUAUCUUGUGCUUCGAGAUCGUUACGAAGAAGCGGGAAGGUUGGGUGUUGAAGUACGUCAAGAGUGCAAAAGCAUCUACUGAUGUACCCGCUUCCGUUCCGGAAUUCAUCUCUCAGCGUCGGCGUUGGUUAAACGGUUCACUGUUCGCUUCCAUCCAUUCGACUGUGUUUUGGUUCAGGAUUUGGACUUCUGGUCAAAACUUCUUCAGGAAAAUUGUUUUGACGAUCGAAUUCAUCUACAACGCAGUACAACUUCUGUUCACGUGGACUUCUCUGGCCAAUUUUUACCUAGCGUUCUAUUUCUUGGUAUCUUCGGCGACAUCUGACUCGACAAAUGAUCCCUUCAAAUUCAUGGCUGAGGGUGCUGGAAAGGAUGUCUUCGAGGUUGUUCUCAAGGUCUACAUAGCCUUAAUAUUUGUCGUCUUGGUUUGUUCAUUAGGCAAUCGUCCUCAGGGCUCAAAAUGGACGUACAUACUCGCGAUAGUGCUGUUUGGGUUAUGCAAUGUCGUAACGCUAUACUGUGCAGGUUAUACUGUCUACCUCGCCGUUCCGCACACGGUCGCAGGAUGGGAAGAUUUCCCCGCCCUCGUGAAAUCUACUCCCGCGUUGCAAGACAUCGUCAUCUCCCUUGCUGCCACUUACGGUCUUUACUUCAUUGGCUCGUUCAUGCACUUUGAGCCCUGGCACAUGUUCACCAGUUUCAUUCAAUACCUCUUUUUCCUGCCCAGUUAUGUCAACAUCCUCAUGAUGUACGCUAUGUGCAAUUUGCACGACGUUACAUGGGGUACCAAGGGUGAUAACGGGGCUGCUAAAGACCUUGGUGGAGCUAAGAAGGUCAAAGGUGAAGGGGGUCAAGAGCUUAUGGAGGUCGAGGUUGUCACCCAGAGGGAGGAUGUUGACCAGCUUUGGCUCGCGGCACGGAGCUCAAUGAAGAUCAAGCCACCGGAAGAGAAGGAACAUCGUGAUGCUGCCACUAAGCAGGCUGAUCACGACCGUAAUUCCAGGACCAAUGUCGUACUAGCCUGGGUUGGAACUAAUAUGGCAAUGAUCAUCAUUUUCACUUCGACUGCCUUCUCGACAUGGGUCUCAAGUCACGUUGAUGAAAGCAACAAUUCGACAUUCAAUCCCUACUUGACGUUCUUGUUUUGGUCCUUGGCUGGUCUUUCCGCAAUCCGAUUUGUUGGUUCCUUUUUGUAUUUGUUCUUCAGACUUUUUGGCCAAUGA